UCACGGUCUCGACUCAUCGCUACUCCCCGCCCCGCCUCUCCUCGAUCCAAUCCCGGCUGUCCAUCAUCCCGGGCAGGGAAUCCGCACCCUCCAUUCCGCCUCCUCUUAGCAUCCAACGCCCUCCCUCCAACCGUUCCACAUCACAGACAUCCCCUCCGCCAUGAAACCACCACCCGAGCUCCCCCUCCUCCGGCCCCUACUUAGCCGCCGCCACCUCUCCUCGUCCUCCGCCGACGCCGCCGCCGCCACCGAGCUCCUGGGCGCGCUCUCAGGCACCCCCUCCCCCGACGCGGCGCGCGACCUCGCCGCCUUGCUCCGCCGUCUCGGCCGCCGCGGCCUCGCGUCCGCCCUCUCGUCCCUCCCCUCCCCACUCCCCGCGGCGUCCGCCCUCCGCCUCCUGCACCACCUCAUCACCAGCGCUCCGGCCUCCGCCACCGCUGCCUCCCCGUCAUCCAGCCACGACCACGACCUCGACCUCCUGUCCCCGCGCGUCUCCGCGUUCCUCCUCCCCUCCCUCGUUGCCGAUCGCUCCACCUUGCCCUCCGCGCGCCGCCUAAUCAAACGCCUCCUGCACCUGCACCCCGUCCAGACCGCCGCAGCGGCUGUCGCGGACGCCUCCUCCACGCCCUCCUCGGACCUGCUCAUCAACACCUGCGUCACCUCCUCAGCACGCGGCUCCCUCAGACUGGCCGUCGACGCCUUCCACGUGCUCUCCUCGCGGCGCGCCUCGCCCUCGGUCAAGACCUGCAAUGCACUUCUCGAAGCCCUUGCACGCACCGGCAACCUCGGUGCCACCUGCAAGGUGUUCGAUGAAAUGCGUGAUUGUAAGACCGUCACUCCGAAUGGGUACUCGUACACCUCUAUGAUCAAGGCCCUCUGCAAGGUUGGAAAGGUGGAUGACGGUUUCAAGAUUCUUUCAGAUUUAAUUCAUGCUGGGCUGCAGCAAUCUGCUGGUGCAGUGCCAUACAAUUUGCUGAUGGAUGCACUUUGCAAGAGUGGGAGAGUGGAUGAGGCCAUUCGGUUGAAGGGGAGGAUGGAAGAGAGCAGGGUGGCUCCGAGCAUGGUCACGUUUGGUAUUCUGAUCAAUGGUCUUAAAAGGAGUGAUCGUUUCGGGGAGGUUGGUGCGCUGUUGCGGGAGAUGGAAGGGUUAGGGAUCACCCCAAAUGAGGUCAUCUGCAAUGAGCUUAUUGAUUGGCAUUGUAGAAAGGGUCAUUUCACAGAAGCAAUCAGGUUGUUCGAUGAAAUGGUCUCAAAGGAGAUGAAGUCAACAGCCGUGACUUACAAUUUGAUUGCUAGAGCUCUAUGCAAGGAAGGGGAGAUGGAGCGUGCUGAGCGGAUAUUGGAGGAGAUGUUGUCAACUGGGAUGACAAUUCAUUCUGGUUUGUUCAAUUCAGUGGUUGCAGGGCUUCUUCAAAGGACUGGAAGGUUGGAGUCUGUGGUAAGGCUUAUAAGCGAAAUGGUUAAAAGAGGUAUGAAACCAAAUGAUGCUCUGAUGACAGCUUGUACGAAACAACUUUGCCAGGGCAGGAGACACCAAGAAGCAGUUGGAAUUUGGUUGAAGAUGUUGGAGAAAGGUUUAUGUAUCAAUAUUGCAACUUCCAAUGCACUUAUUCAUGGGCUUUGUGAGGGGAAAAACAUGAAAGGAGCUACUGAGGUUCUAAGGACCAUGGUUAAUAAGGGGAUGGAAUUGGAUAACAUCACAUAUAACAUAAUGAUUCAAGGUUGCUGCAAAGACAGUAAAAUAGAGGAAGCUCUUAAACUCCGUGAUGACAUGAUCAGAAAAGGGUUUAAGCCUGAUGCUUACAUGUUCAAUAGUAUCAUACAUGCUUAUUGCGAUUUGGGUAAAAUGGAAGAGGCCCUUCACCUGUUGGGUCAGAUGAAAAUUGAGGGCGUUCAGCCAGAUGUUGUAUCAUAUGGCACUAUAAUAGAUGGUUACUGUAAAGCAAAGGAUAUUCAGAAAGCAAAUGAAUAUUUGAAUGAAUUGAUGGCCUGCGGGUUAAAACCAAAUGCUGUCAUCUAUAAUGCACUUAUUGGUGGUUACGGUAGAAAUGGCAACAUUUCUGGUGCAAUCGGUGUCCUUGACACUAUGGAGUCUAUCGGCAUACAACCAACUAAUGUAACUUAUUGCAGUCUUAUGCACUGGAUGUGUCAUGCUGGUCUUGUUGAUGAGGCGAAGACCAUGUUUGAACAAAGCAGAAAAAAUAGCAUUGAGGUGGGAGUAGUUGGCUACACAAUUAUGAUCCAAGGACUUUGCAAAAUAGGAAAAAUGGAUGAAGCUAUGAAUUACUUUGAGGAGAUGCGGUCCAGGAGUAUACCUCCAAAUAAGAUUACUUACACCACUCUGAUGUAUGCCUAUUGUAAAUCUGGUAACAACGAAGAAGCCUCCAAGCUUUUUGACGAGAUGGUGAGCUCAGGAAUUGUUCCUGAUAAUGUCUCUUACAAUACACUAGUUACAGGGUUUUCUCAAGUGGAUUCAUUAGAUAAGGCUAUAGAAAAGGCUGCUGAAAUAUCAAGUAUUAUGACACAAAAUGAUUGUUUGGACAAUGUAUUAGUUAAUAGGAUAACAACACCUUGGUGCGAGAAAGAAGUUGCUUCCAGUGAAUGAUGAUCCAAGCAUGGAUGGGAACUGAAGUAUAUAGAGGCUCCCACCUUGCUAUUGGGCAUAGGCAAAUCGCCUUUAGCAUUUCGUGGUCAUCAGAUGCUACAUUGGAGAGCAAUCGAACAGCAACAGCCAGCAUGUUGCCCUUAAAGUUCAUUAUCGGUAAAGUUUACUUGGUCAUCAACCUGCUACUUUGUGGGGGUGUUCAACAGAAGCACAAGAUUACCCUGAAGGUUUAUAAUUGCACCCAAUCAUAUUCUGGAAAUAGAAGAAGUGAAGCAAAUAAUCUUGUUCUCAAGCAGGACAUCCUUUAUUCUUUCCGUUGGCAAGGAAAAAACAUCAAGCAGCAUGUUAUGCAUAUGUACUGGACUGUAACAUAUCAAGAUCUUGUUUGCUCAUUGGUACACAUUUACAAAGGCUGACUUUGGUUGUCAGAUACAACACCUUGAGAGCACAUUACAUAGAAGAUCAAUGCAUAUACAAGAAUUGAACAGAAACACCUGCUGCAAGUUGCAGAAAGAUGUACACAUUGAAGAGGCGUAACCUCCAAACUUUAGGCCAAAAAUAUGUCCAUUUGUGUUCUGCACAAAAAUAACGAGGUUCACACUUCAUCCAAUGAUGUACUGUACACAUUCUCUGGAUUUUCCAAAACUUGGGAGUGGCCUGAAGCACCAUGGUGCUUGUGCACUCAGGUGACUCAGAUCUAUUAUACGGUGUAGAACUGAAUUUUGACAGUCACUAAAGCCGAGUGAUUGUGAUGGUGUUGAAUCUGACCAAUUGGAAGAUGAUGGGGCAUUCUAUCUUGGAGCUCUCAUGCUUGGCUUGGUAAAGAUGAGGUUGAAUCCUGUGGAAGCAUGUCCUCCCUGUCUCCGUGAUCACAGUGAACAGCAGGAUCAAGAUCAGGAAAGUAACUCCAAAAUGAGCAAAUGUGUGGUCGUAACGGUUGAUAAUAACAAGGAUGGUAGCGCAGAUCAGACCAUUUGCAGGUUAAAUCCUGCUCAACCAGUACUGUACAGCUGUGUUGGGUUGGUGGAGGAAAUCAUCAAAGAUUACUAAUGUUUUCGGUUUUCACUAUUCACUCGUCCUAACAAUCGCAGAGUACUGACUACUGAUCCGGUAGCAUGGAAAGUAUGAAACAUUGUUGAUGUUUUCUGUUUCGGGAGGACUAUAAGUUUGAAGGGACUGGCCGUUCUGUUUUGGGAGGACUAGAAGUUUGAAGGGAACUGGCCGUUCUGUUUUGGGAGGAUUAAAAUUUGAAGGGAACUUGCAUACGACCAUCUUUCUUUCUCUUUUCACGAUACGUUUCGUUCAAAGAAUCUCUUUCUGUGAAUUAUUGACAUAUAUGUACAAUCAGUACAUGCUACAAUGAGCGAAAUACAGCGAUAGUACGUCCCUGUACUUGAGAUCUUGACUCACUUUAGUCCUUGUACUCACAAAGUGCUAAA